AUGGGUGAUCUCGCAGGCCGCAAGGUCUUCAAAGUCUUUAACCAGGACUUCGUCGUUGAUGACAGAUAUACUGUCACAAAGGAGCUCGGGCAAGGUGCAUAUGGUAUCGUCUGCGCAGCUACCAAUGCCCAGACUGGCGAAGGCGUAGCCAUCAAGAAGGUCACGAAUGUUUUCAGCAAGAAGAUUCUCGCAAAGAGAGCUUUGCGUGAGAUCAAGCUCCUCCAACACUUCCGAGGUCAUCGAAACAUCGCCUGUCUCUAUGACAUGGACAUUCCCCGCCCGGACAAUUUCAACGAAACUUAUCUAUACGAGGCAGAAUUGAUGGAAUGUGAUCUUGCUGCCAUUAUUCGAUCUGGCCAGCCUUUGACUGAUGCUCAUUUUCAAUCCUUCAUCUAUCAAAUCCUGUGCGGUCUCAAGUACAUCCAUUCCGCCAAUGUGCUGCAUAGAGACUUGAAACCGGGAAAUCUGCUCGUCAACGCCGAUUGCGAGCUCAAGAUCUGUGACUUUGGUCUUGCCAGAGGGUUUUCACAGGACCCCGAGGAAAAUGCCGGGUAUAUGACUGAGUAUGUCGCGACUCGGUGGUAUCGUGCGCCGGAGAUCAUGUUAAGCUUCCAAAGCUAUACUAAAGCCAUCGAUGUUUGGUCAGUUGGUUGUAUCCUGGCAGAGUUACUGGGUGGCAGACCAUUCUUUAAGGGUCGUGACUAUGUGGAUCAGCUCAAUCAGAUUCUGCACUACCUGGGAACCCCUAACGAGGAAACCCUGUCCAGGAUUGGUUCGCCGCGCGCUCAGGAAUACGUUCGCAAUCUUCCAUUUAUGCCAAAGAUAUUGUUCCAGAGACUCUUCCCUCAAGCAAACCCCGACGCCUUGGACCUCCUGGAUCGAAUGCUGGCAUUUGAUCCCUCGUCGCGUAUCAAUGUCGAAGAUGCUUUGGAACAUAAAUAUUUGCAUAUCUGGCACGAUGCCUCUGACGAGCCAGCAUGCCCCAAAACAUUUGACUUCGCCUUUGAGGUUGUUGAUGAGGUACAAGAAAUGAGAAAAAUGAUCUUGGACGAAGUCCUCCGGUUCCGCCACCAUGUCCGCCACCAACCCAGUCAGACUCCUUCGACCAAUAUCAACGUACCAAUCCCCGAUAAUCCAAAUCAAUGGAAGCAGGAAGAUCCCCGACCCCAAGAAGCCAGUACGGCCUACGGAAAUGAUCUCGAACAUGAACUACAGGCAGGUUCAGACUUACUGAGGCGAUAG